AUGACGAAACCAAAACAGCUGUUGAAAACUGUCUGGAAAUGGAUGGGCUGGUGCAAGAAUUGGAAAUUUAUAGAGAAGAUAUUAAGGAUGUCUCGAAUUUUGAAUUCUUUGCCUGCAAAAUUUGAUCAUUUUCAUGCAGCCUGCAGUCAGUGGCUGAAAGCGACAAAACACUCAUACAUUGAAAUCGCUUGCAAAAAGAAGACUACAAGGACGCUAGAGUCCGAGACAGUAAGCAAUGCACUUGUUGGAAAAAUUGAUAAGUCGAACAAAAACAACAAGGAAAAGAGAAACUUUAUCAAGAAAAAUCAGCAAGGUUUCAACCAGAAUAGAAAUUUAUCGAGUCAAUCAAAGGUGUAUUUGGAUUAUAGUAAAAAUAAAUAUGAAUGUAACACUUGUCACGAAAAAGGGCAUUUUUCGAAUGAUUGUCUGAAAAAGUCAAGUUAUGAAGAGGCUGAGUAUCCUGCAGCUCUAAGUGGAAUUCAAGAAAUCUGUUGGAUUCGUCGAAUAAUAACAGAGCUUGGAAUGCAAGAGAUUACUGAGCUGACUGAUUUGCUUGUUGAUAAUGAAGCAGCAAUUCAUAUGAUGGACAAUGCAGAAGAAAGGAAAGUCACAAAAGGAAAAAAACACAUUGAGAUUCGUCGCAAGUUCAUAAAUCAGCAUUUUGGGAAGACUGUAUGCUUAGUUUAUCUGAAUACAAAAGAACAAGUUGCUGAACAAGAAAGUCUUCGAAAAUUCACGUUGGAAAAUGUUUAA